AUGGGGGUAGUUUUCACCUCCAAAUGCCAGCGCCUCUCCAGAGGAGGACCAGCCAACACUCCCUCAAGGCGCCUUCCUGCUCAGGGGCUUGCGCAAGCGGAAGAAGGCGGUGCAGACCCACCCUCGGCAGUACCCAAUUAUUGCCACGGGGCGGCAGCAGGGAGCGAAGCUGCGGUCGGGCCUCCUUUCCCUGCGGCCAGUCCCUCCCCAGCCCCCGGUGGUCUUUGCUCCCCGACCCCCAGCCAGCUCGCCCGAGAGCCAGAGCUGAACGUCCUUCACAUCCAGACAUGCGAUGCUCCCCGCAGCCCUGCAGGGCGUCAGCAUGCUGGCCGCUUUCCAGAUGGAGAAAAUGAUGGCCCAGAGAGGGGAGCACUUGCUCAAGGCCCCGCGGGAGCCAAGUCUGCCCGGCCGAGGCGGUGUGAAAGGAGACGGCGAUCACACGGACCUGACUGGGAUCCCGGUCCCUUCACCUCCCGCUGUGUGUCCUCGGGCAGGUCACCCACCCUCUCUGAACCUCAGUGGAUACGAGUGCUGAUCACAGAAGCCACCGCUUUGUUUCCGGGAAACGUGCUUCCAAUCUUCCAGGAAAACAUGAAGGCUCCGGAUGAGAAAAAGCAAACAAAGGCCAGUGGGACCGUGGGCGCCCCCCGCUCCCCACGCAGGCCCCGCACGCGAACCGGCGCCAGGGCCCGAGAACCGCUCUGUUAUUUUGGGGGGUCUUGCUCUAUCGCCCAGGCUGAUGUGCAGUGGCACAAUCACAGCUCACUGCAGCCUCUACCACCUGGGCUCAAGCGAUCCUCCCACCUCAGCCUCCCAAGUAGCUGAGAGGACAGGCGCCCACCACCAUGCCCGGCUUAUUGUUGUAUUUUUAGUAGAGACAGGGUCUCACCAUGUUGUUCGGGUUCAGACUGUCCUUGUACUCCUGGCCCCAAGUGAUGUGCCCACCUCAGCACCCCAAAGUGCUUGGAUUUCAGGCAUGAGCCACCGUGCCUAACCUCAAUUUUCACUUUAAAUUAAAACCUGGAAAUUGCUCACGGUUAUAAAGAUGAGCCGUUAGACAUUG